GUCGCUACUUACUUGCACCCGUUGAAGAUUGUAACUUGUCUAGAGUCUAGACUCGUUUACCCCCACCCCUUUUCCCUUGCCCUUUCCAUUUCCCUUGCCCCUUGCGAUCCCACCGUUCCCCUUGCUUCGUUUAACACCUAUAAAGCCAAGCAGACCACAGAUCAAUCCAAUCACUCACAGAUCAUCAAUGGCAGCAGUUACGAGCAGUCACAUCAUGUCUUCCAAAUCUUCCACCACACAAACCUCUACAAGUUCGCAUCAUGAACACGCACAAGGCUCGUGUCCAGUCACGGGCCAAACGCACGAAUUCUGUCCCGCGCAGACUGGGGACGUAAGAUCACCAUGUCCGGCGCUGAAUGCCCUAGCUAAUCAUGGCUACUUGCCACGAGAUGGAAAGAACAUUGGUGUAAUGGACCUUGUUCGCGGACUAAAAAGCGGCUACAACCUCUCGACAGUGCUAGCCUGCCUCUUAUCGUUUGGCAGUGUGCUGCUACUCGGGCAGUACAGAUCCAUUUCGCUCUCAGAUCUCGCUCGGCAUAACCUGAUCGAGCAUAAUGCAUCACUUGCACACAAAGACGACACCAACGGUGCCGAAUAUGCGCCCACCAGGGUGGACAAGAGGCUAUUAGCAGCCCUUUGUGCAGAGGGCGGAAAGGUGCUCCCGAACCGAAUGACUCUCGAGGAUGCCGCGCGCAUCCGUAUCAAGAGAGAAAUAGAGUGCGGAGAGUUGGAUGCUGUACAUGCCGAGAUAGCUCGGGGUGAAAUCGCCAUUGCUAUUGGAGUCCUAGGUGGCAAGGACGCGGCGACGAACGGAGUCAACAUGAGCGCAUUACACGAGUGGAUGCGUCAUGAACGUCUACCUGCAGGGUGGAAGCCGGAUCACACUCAGGGCUUGUACCAGACGUACAAGAUGACGAAGUAUGUCAGGGACCACAUGAGACAGGUCAAAGCGCAACAGCUAUCUCAGACGCCAGAGAAGUCGCAUCUAUAGGGUUGGUUUCCUGUCUCUUUCACUUGUCUUCGUCCAAUGUUCUGUGGCUUUAUUAAUAUUCGUAUUUAUUAUACCCAUCGGUAUAUCUGUUGUUCAAUACAAAGGUACUAUAUCACGGAUUAUGAGUGUUGUUAAUAUCAUCCCAUACUUGUUUCAUUCGGUUACAUCACAGUUACACUCACACCAUUGUCAAUAUAUCGCUAUGCUUUCACAGGAUCAAUUGGUUCAGCGACUUUACAGACGAC